GCCAGCUCUGAGCCUCAGACCUCUGUCCUGUCUUUUGUUAGGGAUCCCAGGCUUUCCUCUUCUCUCUGGGAAGUCAGAGCCUGAGUGGGUCACUUCCAGGGAAGGAGCGCCCUCUAGUGCUGGGGAGAGCGAAGGCUGGAGGAGGCGGCACCAGUUGGAAGAGAGGACAGCGUCUGAGGCCGAGUCUGAAGGAGAGGGAGCUGCCAGCCAAUGAGGAGCGAGUGGACUGCACCCUGACCUGCUGGGCCAGGACAGCACCGGUCCACAGGGCCACUGCUUUCCUUAAGGGCUGCUAAACCCAGUGUCCCAAUUAGUGUCCUGGCACAUGUAAGGAUGCUGCUCUGGCUUCACAUCUUCUCUGUUUUGGGUCUCCAAUCCUGUGCUGUUUCCUCCUGGGACAAAACACAAACAAAACAGGUGUCAGAGGGUCUGCAGUAUUUGUUUGGCAACAUCUCUCAGUUCAUUGAAAAAGGCAAACUAGGUUUUGAUGAUGUCUUCACCAUGGUGUCUCGCAAGGAAUGGGGGGUAGAAGCUGUUGGCUGCAGCUCUCAACUGACCAUGCCCGUGGAUGUCCUUGUCACACAUCAUGUCCCUGGGCUAGAGUGCCAUGACCAGGCCGUUUGCAGUCAGAGGCUGCGGGAAUUGCAGGCCCAUCAUGUCCACAACAACAGUUGGUGUGACGUGGCCUACAACUUCCUGAUUGGGGAUGACGGCAGGGUGUAUGAAGGUGUUGGUUGGAAAGUCCAAGGCUCGCACACCCAAGGCUACAACAACAUUUCCCUGGGCGUCGCCUUCUUUGGCACCAAGGAAGGCCACAGCCCCAGCCCUGCUGCCCUGUCAGCCAUGAAAGACCUAAUCUCCUAUGCUGUGCAGAGGGGACACCUGUCAUCUGGAUACAUCCAGCCACUUCUUGUGAAAGGCGAGAACUGCUUGGCUCCUCUGCCAAAGGCAAGUCUGAAGGAAGCUUGCCCCAGCAUUGUCCCUCGGUCUGCUUGGGAGGCCAGGGAGACCUACUGUCCCAAGAUGACCCUUCCUGCAAAGUACGUCGUCAUCCUCCACACUGCUGGGAGGACCUGCAGUGUGUCUGAUGAGUGCCGCCUGCUAGUCCGAGACCUCCAGUCCCUCUUCAUGGACAGACACCAUGCAUGUGACAUUGGGUAUAACUUCCUUGUGGGCCAGGAUGGUGCUGUUUAUGAAGGGGUGGGCUGGAAUGUCCAAGGCUCCCAAAUCCCUGGCUACAAUGAUAUUGCCUUGGGCAUCUCAUAUGGCACCUUUACAGGUACUGCACCCAAAGCCUCUGCACUGGAAGUGGCCCAACACCUGAUCCAGUGUGCUGUGGUCAAAGGGUACCUGGCCCCCAACUACCUGCUGGUGGGCCACAGUGAUGUGGUCAACACUCUGUCUCCUGGGCAGGCUUUAUACAACAUCAUCAAGACCUGGCCUCACUUCAAACACUGAGGAAGGCCCCAGCUCCUGGGGCUGUUCAACCUACUGCUGGGUCUCUGUCCUCACCUCCACCCUGGGGAGGGGAGCAAUAUCUGUGUCCCCAUCCCCUACAAGUCCCACCUUGUCUCCCUUUCCCACUUUGGGGUGAUAAUGUCCUCUCCUACUACCAUCCUCCAGCAUCCUGUAAACCUGGACACUCACAGCCCUCUGAGUCUGGGCCCACUUCCUCUGUCUUCACCUUCCUCUCCCUGGGCACACCUGCUUAGCCUGUGAGAUGAUGGUCCCCAUCAGACUUCUCUUUCCCUUUGUACCUGUCCCCCUGCCUGGUGUGCCCUCCCCUGAGUCUGCCUGGCAACCUCCAGCCCUUGCCCAUCACACAGGCCUGGGUGCCCACUCCUUCUCUCAGCUCACACAUUGACUUGUACAGAUUUGGAUGCAGCUGUUAUUUAAGGGCUGUAAUUAUGCACAGCUGUAUUUGUUCUC